ACCGUGUAUCAACACGGCGCCGCGGGCGGCUUCCAGGAGGGGUCGGGGGUGCCCAGCGGACCGCGCGCAGCCCGAGGGGUAUCAGGCGGGGCCUGGGUGUUGAGGGGCGGCUGGCAGCCAUGGCGGAGUCGGCGCCUGCUCGGCACAGGAGGAAGCACCACUCCACACCUUUGACUUCUUCCACACUGUCCCCACAAGCAACAGAGAAAAGCUCCUGUUUGCAGACCACGGAGAUCUCACUCUGGACAGUGGUGGCUGCCAUUCAGGCCGUGGAGACGAAGAUGGAGUCCCAGGCUGCCCAGCUCCAGAGCCUGGAGGGACGGACGGGGACAGCAGAGAAGAAGCUGUCUGACUGCGAGAAGAUGGCCGUGGAGUUCGGGAACCAGCUGGAGGGCAAGUGGGCCAUCCUGGGGACCCUGCUGCAGGAGUACGGGCUGCUGCAGAGGCGGCUGGAGAACAUGGAGAACCUGCUGAGAAACAGGAACUUCUGGGUCCUGCGGCUGCCCCCGGGCAGCAAGGGGGAGGCCCCCAAGGCAUCCAGGUCACUUGAAAAUGAUGGAGUCUCUUUUUCAGAGCAGGAGUGGGAGAAUCUGGAGGACUGGCAGAAGGAGCUUUACAGGAAUGUGAUGAAGAGCAACUAUGAGACUCUGGUCUCUCUGAAGGUCCUUGGCCAGCCAGAAGGAGAUGCAGAGUUGGGGACAGAGAUGCUGGGUAACUUGGAGGAGGAAGGCCCAGGUGGUGUCCACCCAGCAGAAGGGGUUAUGAUCAAGCAGGAGAUACAGUACACACAGGAAGGCUCUGCGGAUCUUCCUGGAGAGUUCUCGGGCAUUGCUGAAGAGCAGGCUUUCCUGAGCCCAGAGCAGACUGAGCUCUGGGAUGGUCAGGGCAGUUAUGUCCUCUUGGAGUCAGGUCUCAGGAACACUAAUUUAGAGGAGCCCACUGGGGACAGUAGAGACCCUAGCAGUGGCACAACUCUGGGCUGCCCCCCAAAGCAGAAAUCUAAUGGGCAGGUGCAACUGGGUCAGGAAUGUGGGCAGGGCCUGAAGCUGAAAAGGGACACUUCUGGCCCCUAUGAAUGUUCUGAGUGCGAGAUUGGCUUCCGCUGUAAGCAGCACCUAGCGACACAUCUGCGGACGCACUCGGAGUGGGAGUCUUAUGCAGCCUCAGAGCCAGAGGAGAGCCUUAGGCCCAGGCCACAGCUUAAGCCACAGUCCAGGAAGGCAAAGCUGCAUCAGUGUACCGUGUGCAUGAGGAGCUUCAGUUGCAGGGUGAGCCUGGUGACCCACCAGCGCUGCCACUUGCAGGAGGCGCCCAGUGCUGGCCAUCGUGUCCAGGAGAGAUUCUCGCCCAACAGCCUGGUUGCCCUGCCUGGCCACAUCCCUUGGAGGAAAAGCCGGAGUUCCCUCAUCUGUGGUUACUGUGGCAAGAGCUUCAGCCACCCGUCUGAUCUGGUGCGGCACCAGCGCAUCCACACAGGCGAGAGGCCCUACAGCUGCACCGAGUGUGAGAAGAGCUUUGUCCAGAAGCAGCACCUCCUGCAGCACCAGAAGAUCCACCAGCGGGAGCGGGGCGGGGUGGCCCCGGAGCCUGGAAGGCCCAAUGGCCUGCUUUAAGGGUGCCAGCCCCUCGCCCGUCGGGGGGGCGGAGGGGGCUGGCAUUGGUCCCCCCAGAGAGACACUGUGCAGAGUCAGGGACUGACUUCUUCCUGAGAGGGGUCACUUUGAUUUGCCUUCCCUUGACCAAGCACCAGGACAAGCCCAAAGGCUGUCUUGAAAACCGUGUGGAAGAGGAGUCUGGGGCCAAGCGUCUCCCUGCCGUCUUGACCCUGCUGCUGAGUGUGCUGUCUCUUUGGCACCUUCACGUCUCUGGUUUUCCCAUCCAUGCUGGUACUCAUGGGCUGGGGUUGGCUCUCUGACCCCACAGGGACUGGUGGCUGGUUCCAGGGCCUGAGCCAGCAUUUCAGGUCUUCCCAUGGGGUUGAGUUGGGCCAAAGGAAUGAGCAGGUGUGUGGAAGAGUUCUGGGAAGCAUAACCCUCUGUUUCUCUUCUUUUGUAGUCUCUUUGUUAAUAACAAGUAGAAGAAAUAAUUUAAAUGAAUUGCUUAUCCUGCUCUGAAGAAUCUUUUUUGGAAUUAGAUUUUAACUGACUU